AUGCGUACAUAUCUUAACUCUGGAAAUGACAUUACGAACGCAGUACAGGUGAAGACCGCUAUGGCAUCGAAUGGUGGUGUACGUGGUGUGUUGUUCUCAGUGGUUCUCUACAGAUUCCAGAGAAAUAUCUACCGGAGAAAUGGGAAGGCGUAAGCCUCAUCAACGAUGUUGUUUACAAGAAGCGCAACAUGGAGGUUUGGAGAGCAUAUGAUGUCGGAAAUGGAAAAACGAUACAGUAUACUAAGUUUGAAUCAACGAAGUCAUCCUCAUCAGUUACGUUACCCACUCUUAACAAGAUGGAGGAUUCUGACCAGAUUCCAGAUUUCUGCGAUGUCCUGGCACGAAAGAGCAGGAAAGAAAAAGAAACAAAGACCGAUGCUGAAUCGCACGAGGAUGACAGUGAUACCGAUGACGACACCCUGUUCACCUGUUCCGAAGAAGGAUGCGCGUAA